AUGUCUUGGCGCCUAAAAUGGGCGCCACGCAGCUGGCUGGGCCGCCUCGUCGGACAUCACUAUGCCUUUGUCUUGACGCGCUGGGGCUUUGGCAAGUCCUUCGCCACGGUGCUGGCGCGUGCAGGUUCUCAGAAGCUGGCCUUGGGUGCGGUGGCCACUGGUGCGACCGGCCUGACGAUCCACCACAACACCAAGGAACGGCACUUUGAGAGUGAUGUGCUUUCCUCGGAAGAAGAGGUGGAAUGGUUGAAUGCUGCGAUCAAACCCAUUUGGGAUCAUUUGGAUAAAGGAGUCCGGAAAAUCAUCGAAGAUGAGAUUCAGCCCGCCUUGCAGCAGAGAUUAGGCAGACUGGGCAACUUCAUACAGCUCCAGUUCACCCAACUCAGCCUGGGAAGCGCUUCACCGCGCUUCGGCCCGGUGCGGGUGACGAGAUCGUCGCAUGGGCUGGAGAUUAAUGCUGGCUUCAGCUUGGAGGGCAAUGGCAUGCUGGAAUUCUCCGCUGGUGUGGCAUCCAUCCAAGUUUGCGACAUCACUGUGCAAGGCACCUUGCGACUGGGCUUGCAGCCCCUCUUGGAGUCCUUGAAUCCCGUGGGCGGCGUCUCCGUGACCUGCCUGGACCGGCCAAUCAUCGAUCUCACCAUCAAGACAGGCACGGAGCUGAUCCCGAACUUGUACAACUUCGUGCGGGACACCGUGGAUGACGUGAUCGCUGGUUUGAUUGUGAUUCCCAACAUGGUCGCGGUGCCGAUAGAUCCUGCAACAGACUCUUGCUUCAUUCAGCAUCCUUUGCCACUGGGGUUUUUAAGACUUUCACUUGAAGGGGUGACUGCAGCUGGACCUUUGCCCAGUUCUGUCUACGUGGAAGUGCUGAUUGGCUGCAGCGUCUGGAAGAGUGCGAUUGCCAAAGUGUCCAGCUACUCUCGACAAGUCGAGUGGGUGGAGGGAAAUGUCACGGACUUGGAGGUCUAUUCCCAGGACCAGCUCCUGCGAUUCCGCUGCUGGUCCUCCGGGAGCUUUGGGGUCACCCUCCUCUCCAGUGGCCAGGUGCACGUGCGAGACUUGACACCUGGACAUGUGGAGGUUCCUUUGAGCGAUACGCAGGAGCACGGAGAGAAUUCCUCUGUGGAGCUCUACCUCUCCUGGAUGCCCGUCAUGAACACGCCUCCGCGCUCCAGCGAUGCCGAUCUUUUAGCCUCCGUGCACGUGGAUCGAGCCGAGCUGGCCCGAAGCACGAGCUUGGGCAGUUCCCGCCAUCGCGUGCGCGUCUCGGUGGGGGAGAAGGUGAAUACCUCACCGGUGGGGCAGGCACAUCCCGAAGUACAUCAAAUCGCGGAUGAUAGGCUCUUGCAGCUCGCCAAGAAGCUGUGCGGCAAACUGGCAUUGGUGGAUUUGGCAGAUGCCCUGAACAUUCCGGUGGAACAUGCGCGGGAGUUCGCCUUGCAGCAGGAGCGGCGGAAGCGGAGCAAGGAUAAGGAUAUGCCAUCAUUUGAGAGCUGCUUGGCAGAGGAAUGGCAGCAGUUGCCCAUGGGAAGGGGAGAUCUCUCAUUGGCGCGUGCGUUGGGCAGUUUGGUAUGGCGACCUUUUGGUGGAAAGUUCUGCAAAUGUGCCGUGACAGUUCCGGUUCGACACGCCCUGCUUGGUGGUUUUCUGGAACCUCAAGGUUGGGACCAGCAGUGGUGCCAUCGUGCUCGAGCCGCGGCAGCUGCCCUCCACGCAGCGAAGGAGCCUCACUUCGAUCAUGUGUGCCACCUGCGCGCAAGCAAGGAGGACGUGGUUUUAGUGGAGAUGAUAGGAGACGAUGGUGGCGUGAAGGCGCGCAUGGAGCGAAGCUUGAAAGUCGUCAGCUCUCAAGGAGGAGUCCUUCAUGGCCCCUUCCAUUUGAAGAUGGAGGAUGGCUCCAACUGCAUCCUCCACGGCCGCAUCAACGUGCGCCGCGUUGAAAAGCCCACCAGGCGGGACAAGCUCCACGAGCAUCUCCUGAAUGCAAGCUCUUGGCACGACACUGGCCCACCCGCAUGA